CGCGGGAAUGUAAUUAAGCCAAUAUUUCCGUCUGUUAUUAGUUUUUCCACAUCAACAGCAAGCAACACACUCGCACUCCAGUCCUCCAUAUCCCACCUGAUGGCAUUUCUUGAAGAAGAGUACCCUGACGACACCCUUAAAUUUAUGCGUCUUGCUAUAGAACAGGCAAAUGAAGCUUUGGACAGCCUUGAAGUUCCUGUUGGCUGCGUGAUUGUUGAAGAUGGGAAGGUCAUAGCCUCGGGAAGAAAUCGAACUAAUGAGACACGAAAUGCUACAAGGCAUGCAGAGAUGGAAGCCAUUGAUACUCUUCUUGAGCAGUGGAGAGAACGGAGGCUUUCAAAGUCACAAGUUGCCGAAAAGUUUUCAAAAUGUAGACUCUAUGUUACAUGUGAGCCAUGCAUAAUGUGUGCGGCGGCUUUAUCAUUUAUUGGAAUAAGGGAAGUAUUUUAUGGUUGUGCCAAUGACAAAUUUGGUGGGUGUGGAUCAAUAUUGUCGUUGCACUCAAGUAGCUCUGAGCCACAAACGAGUGGUGGAGCUCCAGAGGGGAAAGGAUUCAAAUGCACUGGAGGGAUAAUGGCAACAGAAGCAAUCUCACUUUUUCGCAGUUUUUAUGAGCAGGGAAACCCUAAUGCUCCAAAGCCUCAUAGGCCUCUUGCUCAACAAGCAACGCAAUGAGUACGUAGAGAUUCAGUAGUUUCUCACCUCAUUUAUUAAAUGAGGUUAAAAAUCAAGUGCAAGACCAAAGCAAGACCUUCCUAAGGUUUGCAACAGCCCACAAUUGGAUUUUGCGGACUUCGGAAAGGGAAACGGAUGAAAACUUUGGGAAAACUACAUGAAAUAUGGAUCUCUUCGAUAUUUUCUACUAUCACUACAAUUAUAUAAUUUAUAAAAUUUUGGAAUAAGCUUAGUAGAACUGUAGAAUUUGAGAAUUGGCUAUUGUGGUUUGUGUUUUUCCUUCCAUGUUAUUCUAACUUAUGGUUGUAGGCUUUCCAGAAGAACGAUUGUUCUUCAGAAAUAUGACAUGUUAGGUUGUCUGACAA